AUGUCAUCUAUCACUGAAUACGAUACACAGUCUGAUGUAAGUAGCAAGCUCAUUUCAUGUUUGCCAACGCAAGCGCUUAGAAAUAAUAAUGGUAUCCUCGGUUAUAAUUCCUUGACCGUAUCUUCCAAUCCGUCUUCACAAGUGGAACCCUCUGGAGACAUUGGAUUUGAGGAAUUUGAGACUUCUUUGGAUAAGGAACUACGUAUUCGGGGCCUAACUGAAAAUAGUGCUCAGCACAGUCAGGUCAAUGUGAAUCACUUCAACACUAUUCGGGAGCCAGGUCGUUGUCUGCUCCCCUACAACGAAAUCUCAGAAAACAUUCCGCCUCAUGUUAAGAUACAGUUAGGGUUUUUCAAUGCUAAGCAAACUAUUAUUUAUACAAAAACCCUCCAGAGACAACGCGCAGCUAUCCGUGAACGAGCCUGUGAGGGAGAUCAGCACUCUUUGAGUAGCUUAACGUGCUUCUUUGAAUCAGAGUUGCUUGCUGACCCAACGUUGACUGUAGACGACGAUGGUCUUCCACACAACGCCCCAUCUGAACGGCUGCUGGCGAGACAAGAAAUUCUCACUGGUGACGGUUCCACAGUUGACAAAGUAGUUUCGAAGAUAUCGUAUGGUGAUCCUCUACAGGUGUGGGAACAUGUUUGUGAGAAUAUGGUGGUAGACAAAAAGACCAAUACUGAGGGAAAAGGUAAUAACUUACAGUCGGAAAAGAAAUCCAUGGCAAAUUGCAUAUGGGUCAGUGAUGUCGACACGCGUAAGCCUAUUCCGGCGAUGAAAACUUUCACCGGUGGAAUGAUUUUGUGUGUCAGGUGUAAAGCCAUGAUGAGUCAGGUGUCGAAAAUUCAUGGGGAAGGUACCGACCCACUUAUCGCCGCCAUCGCGCUGUACAGCAUCACCGAUACGCAAAAAAUAAAGGUCUCCGAGACGUUCUAUUUCAGCACCGAUCUUGAUGUAUUCUUCCCGCAUAGGUAUCGUAAUCAUCUCAGCUAUAGCAAUAAUGUAAUCGCAUUUGUACCAAAUGAAUUCAUAGGCACUCUCCAUCUUGUGGUGCGUCUUUAUCGCCCCUGUUGUGAAGAUUUUGAAAGUUAUAUGGACCUGUAUGCUCGAACAGACAAGUAUAAGCAAAAUCACGUCGUACACUUGAAACAAGAGGCGCUUCAGCUUGCGCAAUUAUCAGAUAUACUUGAGGAAAUAGGGUGGAUGUCGGAAUUCUGUGAUCUAAACAAUAAGAAUCGCUUGUCAAUCGUUAAAAUGAAUAGCAUCUAUCGAAAGCCGAUGAUGGACGAAGAUUUGCUUACAUUCAUCUCGGAUAAAACCAUUAGAACCUCUUUUCACACAAUACCAUAUACGCUUGAGUUUGAGUUAUCCAAUCUUUCUACUCAUGAGGUUUCAUUUCCUUCUGAAGACACGGAGCCACUUCCCCAGGAAAACGAAACUAUGAUUAAUCUUCUAGAUCCGAAUCUGCCAAACGCGAACCCAGAGACUUACCGCUAUGCACCUUGCUGUAUCCCGAUCCUCAACUCAGGCUACUUCACGACCUACAGCAAUAUUUACUACCUUCGACUUUCUAAAAUGAAAAUUUCCUAUUCAGGCUUUUUGAGAAGCUUGCCCAGUUCGCAUCAUACAUACACCAUAAAAAUAUGUGUUAAAGCACGUGAUGACAGUCUGUCAGACGAUAAUGCGCUUCCCUGCAUCUACGGGCGAGGACUCACGAACAUGUUGAUGGACACAUGUGCGUGGGUCUCCACCGUGCAUGCAAGCAGCGAAGUCAACUUGAGCGAUGAAAUCAAGAUCCAGCUUCCUCUUAAUCUGACAACGAAACAUCAUAUAUUUUUCAUCCUUUAUGCAACCCAACUCAAAACUCGGCCAUCGGUGCCAGGGCAAGCCCGAAUGAUCAAGGUCGGCUACGCGGCUCUCCCAUUUCUUCUCAAUGAUACCUUGCAGGUAAGCAAUAACUCUCACCUCAAAUUCAUUUCUCAGGAUCAAGCGGCGAUCGCAUCAGCUGGAGGCUACGUUGAAAACUUCCCUAAGGCUCCGUCCACCGCGUUUCUGAAUAAUGGCAAACACGUUUUAACCUACUCCGCACAGGCAAAAACCAGCGUGUAUGCCUCCAACAACACGGUGGCGUCAGUAUUCAAGCAGUGUCCGCUGUCGAUCGAAGUUCUCAAAGGAGGAGAUGAUGUGUUGGCGGUCUCGGGCCGGCUUAAACAUCUCGAAAGCACGCCCAAAGACCCUCAUCGAAGAGUAAUCAGCCUAAUCUCUCAGCUGCCUCUCGCGGAGAUAUUGGCGUUCUAUCCAUUUCUUAGCGCGUACGCGUUCUCGCUUAUCGGGUCGGGUUCAUCGAAAGUUGGGUUGUCAAGUAGGAUCCAUAUGUUAGAUGUGCUUUUGCUCAUUACGACAAGGGCCCAUCAAUACGAUAUGAGCCUCCCAACCAUCAGGCGCCGCCACGGGGAUGUGAGGGAAUCUACGGCCUUCGUGCGAACAACAGUCCCCAGCGUACUCUAUCACUUCUUCACCAACGACACGCUUUACGAAGGAAAAAAGUGUCUCGCUAAAAGUCGUUUAUAUGCCGGUCUCGCAGAGGUGUGGUAUCACUUGUUGGAUGGCAUCAAAUCCUCUGAAUCAUCAUCUCCGGAGUCGUCAAGAGUCAAAGCGGCUGAAGUAUUGGAGGAAACACGAAACAUCUUUCUUGAUAUGAGCAAGUUAUCGUGGUUUCUCUUUGAUGCUAUUCUGCGUUCUAUGUAUAUGUGGGCCCACGACAACAAAAAUGUGGAACGCACGGUGCUCUUUGAUGCUUCCUUCUACCGUAUGGCGGGUGACUUGUGUUUACGUGCAUUACAGAAACUAUACACACACAACGAAAGCGCAUUGGUGCGUCAAGUCGCACUCUUUAUACGUGGUCUCACGUUGUACGGGGAUCGAGGGCAAGUUCUCCGCAUUAUUGACAAUGUAGUAAGCUACUUUGAGGAGCAAAGCAAUGGCGAGAGCCUGAGCAACUUCAUCCUUUACAUACUAGAAUACGUAGAUGCAUCCCUCCUAUUGCUCCCGUACGUGAAUAGACAACCGACUUUCCUGUCUAAAAUCAUAGUCCGCUCGCUUCCAGCUCAGAUGGUGCACAAGAACCGUGUGGCACGUAUGAACUCUAUCAAUGCACUCUACCAGUUUCUCCUGCGCCUCGCAAAUGACUCUAAAAUUCUCGGUAGCGAACUUAAUGGUGUCGCUUCGCAAAUAUUCCCAUUGAUUCCCGAAAUUGCAUCCAAAUGGAAAAUCUUUAUCCAGCUCUGUGAGAAGAACACGAUUGAGGCAGCCACAAACGAUAAGCGCAGGCUCGUGAUGGUCACGGCCUGGAUUAUCUAUUACGCGCCUCGUGAACAAAUCACGAUGUGGCUGCUCAGCCAAAAAAACACCAAUACGAUUACUGGUCUUUUACACGUGGUUUCUGAUGCUCAGGCACUGUUCCGCUAUCCCUUAAGCGAUUUGAAUGUAAAUGAAAUCACAAACAAAGAGCAGAAGUCACUUUUUCAGCUGUGGUCUGCCCGAAACGCAACCUUUAUGACUGCCAUUAGCGCUCAGUUCGCGAGUAUCAUACUCAGGACGAUUCCUCACACUAUACGGAGUGUCAGUGAGGAGAAAUCUGACGCGUCUGUGAUCCGCUUUUUUGUGUUGUUGGAGAAUACACUGAGUCUCACCAACUCUACCAUUUCACUACAAAUGAGCGCUGCGGUUGCCCAUCAAACGAUUUGUCAGUUUUUUCCCGAAAUUUCCAGUGGGAAAGCGCGAAUGUGUGGUGGGAUGUUGUUGUUAAUCAUGCGCCUUAUGUGCAGCUGCUGUCAGCAUGUUCGGGCCUCAGCCUCGAACACAUUCCUCCUGAUCUGUCAGUCUUAUUUUCGAUGGAUGGAUUCACUGGAGGUAGUGAAGUUUUUCGUUACCGAUGCGUUAAUUAUGGUGGCAGAGUCCAAAGCACGCAGCGUCCAUCUUGCCGGGCGUUUUCUGGAGCUUCAACUAGAUGAUCUAAAGGAAAAGGCCCGUGUGGAGGAAGAGUCCUUUGAGUUACCAGCCUCCGACUACAUAAAGCGUCACAUUCCUGUCUCCAACUCCGAAGAAGACGAGGCACGGGCCGCUUUCAAGAUCGAGGUACCGGAGCUGUUCCUCAGUGUCGAACGUAAUCCACCUCUUUCCGGGAAACAGCUGGAAGACGCAAAAAACAAAGCGAGUGUAAAGCCAUCUAAGUUUUCGCAGCACUUUGAGCUGAUGGCUGCUGACGUCCUCACCAUCUUUAACAACGUACUUGACCUCCAUCUGAAUAAUUCGAUGAAAUUCAAAGAAAACAUGGUAUUUGCUUACUUUGGCAUAUUCAAGAACCUUCUCCAUCAACAUAAUCUCAAGCAGGCUAUUAAAUGGCUGUAUCGAAUACACAAAACUCACUGCGCGAAUGAAGAUAUAGUGGAGGCUGGCAUGGUGUUAAUUCUUAUUGCAGCUCUUAGCUUCCGGGUAACCGAGAUGUUUUAUUUUGUGAAGGGAAAGGAUGACGAUGGCGCAUGCAUGCCACACGGCAUAUUCACGCGUGUGUUUUGGCACGAUUACGUACACAUCCUUCCCGAACUGGAACAUCUGAUCCCGACGGACACGCUCUACGGGAUCGUCUCGGAUCUUCGCGUAUGCCCGAACGAGUCCUGUUUCACGAUGGAAGGCCAGAUUAAGCUCCUCAGCAACGCCACCGACUUCUUUGCCAAAGACCACUACUAUGAGCUCGCAAUGGCCACCAUGACCGUUGUGGAUUGCUUCUUGCUCGCCCUCUCAGACUACACCACCUCUGCGGUGGUGCACACCACCAUGGCGAACUGGUGCACGGCGAUGCGCGACCCCACCCAGCAACGGCGAAGUCGUUACGUCCUAGUGUGGGCCCGGAUGGAGCGCCACCUCGAGUCGUCCUUGACCUCCCUUCCAGGGGACUCGGCCACGACGGAGGAGCGCCCCGAGACCCUUCCCGCGCAGGCCCCCAUCCACCAAAUCUACAAACUGCCCGCCACCGCCAAGCUGGAGGCCUUUAAGACAUCCAUUCAGGAGUGGGUGGCCGGCUACUUCUCGGACGCGUCGCGGGUUCAGCUUACGGAGGACUGCAGCGAGACCCGGCCGGCGCCAUCGGAGCCGGACUCGAAGCGCAGGCGAAUCGCCGCCCUGCAGCGGCCCCGUAACCACUGCCUCGUGACGGUGACGGAGGUGGAGCCCUACCUCGCGGGGGCCCCGCACAGGCCGCUCAAUGGGCCCAACCCCGUCCUCCAUUGGGGGCAUUUCGGGAAUGUCUCGACGGUGGGGGCGAACCGCGGCGGCCCCGCGGCGGACGGCCUCGCGGUCAUGACGCAGCGCAUGAGUAUUAGCACCUACGAGGUCGAACGCACAUUCCCCGCGACAACCACGGCAAUCAAUGUGGUGAAGUCGCAUACGGUUCUUCUCGACCCGAUUGAAAGCACGCUGGAGAUGAUUAACAGCUGCCGAGAGGCGAUAAACCACGCUCCGGAUAGCCAAGACUUGAUCAGACUGCUGCGUGAUGCUCUUUCAAUCAACAAUCGCCCAGCUGGUGUAUACAUAAAGGAAGUGAUCACUACUAUGGGCAAUCAUUCCAUGAUCAUCCAUGCCAUUCACGAGCUUAGCAAUAUAUUGAAGCAUCGGAUGAAUUCAAUCGACUCUUCUAAUGCCAUGAUAAAAUACCCAGAGGACUACGCACUCGUCCUGAAGGCAUCCGCUGACAUUGAGUGUAAUUUAAUCAAUAUAGACACACAUGAAAAAUCCGUUGAUCUUGAUAAUUAA